AUGACCAUCACCGAUAUCAUGGCUGCUAGUCUGAGGACUAAGUCGCUGCGCCCGCAUAUUGUUGCCCCGAUGCUGGUCGUGUCUCUCAUGGGUCCUCGUCAUGCCCGCGUCCUGGAGGCCGAUCUUGACGGAGAGAUUCUUAACAUACGCGCUUCUAAGAUGUACGAUUUCACACUGUUGGACUAUGUCGGUCAUCCCAUUGAUGCCUUUGUCUAG